AAUUCUUCAACCUCCAAGGUGUUUCGGAAAAUUGCAAAAUUUUAAUGUCAUACUUGAUUAUUUUCUUUCCAAUGAGUGAUGGGAAGUAGCCACGGGUCUUGCAGUGAAAUGGAAGACGAUGAACAAUUUCAAACAAUAGGCGUAAAACCAACGAUGCUAAUGGAUGAAUGUGCCUCUGAUAACGAGGAUGUAAAUGAUAAAGAAUCUCCUGCAUUGACAGAGCUUCUUGAUUCUCUCUUCAAACAUGAAGAACUUCGCAAUGUUGCCUCGAAAAUCAAAGAGGAGAUUCCAGAGAACAUUAUACAGCAGAACCGCCAUGCAAUCGUGCGCUGGCUGGAGGAUAAGGAAAGCAAGGGGGAGGAGACGGUUUCCAUGGCACAGUUUGUGGACUUUCUUACACAGAAAACAUCCGUCUCCAAAGAUGACGCCAUCAGGGGGUUCCAGCAGUUUGACACGGACGGUAGUGGGGUGGUGGAGAUUGGCACUACACUCUCUGCCAUGAGGUACGCCAACGGCCCCAACAUGGUCGGAGAGCUUGGCAAGAGUAUCAAGAUGCUCCAGGCCUGCACACUGACACCUGGUUUUGUGGAUGUUUACUCUGAGGACAAGAAUGCUGUGAGCCAGCAUGCCGACAGACUUCUCAAGUACCUGGUACGGAACAGAGCACCGAGCCACAGUUUGCCAUUCCCAUACUUGAAUGGCUUCAACAACACUGCCAGUAUGAGGCUCACUGUCCUUAAAAACACAUUCGCUCAGAUGAAGGAAGCAGCAAAGGGAGAUGUGCUGGACUCAACUUUGUCUGACGGUGAGGAGGUGAAGCUACUCAACCCCUGCUACAGCAAGCUCGAGGUCUCCUCCAACCCAUCAGAUGCCUACAAACUGACUAAUGGUCUUCCACACACAUUUUGGCAGUCAGAUGGAGCAGCACGUUCUCAUUGGAUCAGACUGUACAUGAAGCCGCAUGUGGUGGUGAAGACCCUGUCCAUUCACGUGGUCUCCUCCGAUUCGAGCUACAUGCCGGAGUAUGUCACCGUCACUGCGGCAUCCAGCAUCCGCAACAUGAGAGAGAUCAAGGAAGUCAGAAUUCCCAGUGAUGUGUCUGGUGAGGUGGUACUUCUGAAAGGAAUCAAACGCCACUACCAAAUAAUCCAGAUCAACAUCCGUAAGUGUCGGAAUGAUGGAUGUGACACCAGGGUCCAUGGAAUCAAGGCUGUUGGCUUCAAGGUGGUAAAGGAGGCCGGUAUCAGCGUGUCUGACUCAGCAGCUGUCUGGUUCAUGCAGGUGCUUGCUUCCACUAUAACCGCUGCCAUCCCCAUGGCGCCCAUACUGCAGAAAAACAUUUUAGAGCACUCCAGGGUUGCCCUGGAGCAUAUCCCGCCCCUGUCCCUGUCUCCGGCCAGCACGGAGAAGCCCCAAUUCCUCUCCAAACUUGUCCUACAGGAGGUUGAGAAGUUUAUCACCAACGUUGCUGUUCAUGACAGCGAGAUGUUGAAGGAUGGCGUCCAACUCCUACUCGCCUUCAAUCUUGCCCGGGGAAACAUUGCUGGCCUCCUACGGACACUCAAGAUACUCCAGGAUAAUCCUGACCUCAGCCUGCCCUGCACCAAACUGUUGUUGAGAAUACACAAGGCAAGAGACAUGGUUUGGGAAAAGUCAGGUCACCAGUUGUCCAUGACCCUACAGGGAUGUGAUGGGGGCAGUACGGACGAAAACAACAAGCCAGAACUUGUCCUCACAUCAAACUGGAAUGACGCGUCUCCAGAGUACACAAGUGCAGAGGGUAAGAUGAAGGUGAACAUGGUGUUCAAGGCUGCUGAGAUGGUUCAGGUCACACGGGUCAAGCUAAGGGUCUCCACCGGGAAUAAAGGGGCCAAGAGGGGUCUCGUCUUUGUUUACAGGGACUCUGAGGAGUUCAAGCUGGAGCGUCACCUAGAGAGGUUUGAGGGUUAUGACUCCUGGGGCAAAAUGGAGUACCAGUUCUGUGUCCAGGUUCGCAAUGCUGGCAUUGCAGGGAAACCAGACAACCCUGUUGGAUACUUCUGCAUCGACGAUGACAUUGAUGAAAUUGAUAUCCCGGUUUCGUGGCAUCCAAUAGGAAAUUACGUCUUAGUGAAAUUCCUCGAGCCUCGCCAACAGUCCGCCUCCAAGAUCGGCAUCGCAGGUCUCCGCCUCUAUGGCUUUACAAGGAAACCAGUCAUGGUCGACGAUGCUGUCAUGCAGGUAAAGCACCCUCCAAACCCAGAGAAGCACCCCAAUGUUUCGAGUGUGGAAGUGAUCCAGCAUGUCGCCUCAUUCCUGAUUGACAUCUGUCAAGACCUCGCUCACAGGAAGAAAAUCUCCACUAAACCAGACUUUCUCGAGUUCUCUGAUAUCCCUCUUGACAUUCUGUGUGAGCUGUACCAUCGAUUUAGAGAAGGAGAGGAUGAAGCAUGGCAGGCAGGUGGAGAGGUCAUAUUACAGCUGCUCUUCUCACUCCUCCCUGCUCUCACAAACCUCUCCGGGGAAAGUAAGGCUUCGGCGGAGCAGCUGUUCCAGCACCUGUGUAAGACAGUGGACAGUCAGAUGGUGAACCGGGAUGGCCUCAUUUACCGCCUCUCUAAGCAGCUCAUCAUUGAUGGAGCUGCGGUGUUUUUCUCAGACAAGGAGGCCAGAAAGCGACAGCUGUUCUCCUUGAUGCACAAAGUAGAGACGCUGUCCGAGAUGCCAUCGGUGAUGCUAGUGUUCCAGUCCCUGUGUCAGUUCUUCAGCUCUGUGGACCCAAGGGGCCUUCUUGACCUCCCCAAAAAUCCAACUGAGUCUUUUGACCCAACCCCUGUGCUGGAGGUGAUGGAAACCAUGGUGAUGGUGACUUUCCACGAAUUCAGCCUCGUUGUGGCAACAACCACAAGUAACAAACAGUUACUGCCCCUGUUGAAUCUCGUUAGCUCCCUACAAACAUCAAUGCUGUCCUGGUGUUCUGUACAGGUCACCGACGGCUCAGACAAGGUCAAGGUCAAAGCCAUGCAUACUGCAUCCAGCUAUGCUAUCCUGGUCAUGAAGAAGGCGACAGAGUCUGUGAGACUGCUGCGCAAUAUGGACAUGGAUAAACUGAAAGAACUACUUCCAAGUCUGGAGACAUCCUUUUUGGGCGCAAUUGUGAGACAGUUGGUGUUGAUGCUGACUUACCUGUGUGCCUCCCUGAACUCCGCCGUGAGGAUAAGUCUUGUGAAGCACCUUGCUCCCUUUAACCAGGAGUUGUGGGCCCUGGCCUCCCUCCUCCCGGACACUUUUCCCACCAUCAGCAGCACUCACUGGCAGGGCUUGCAGUCUGAGGACAUCGUGCUGCGGACCUGGGAGGUGGAGUCUGGCCACAAUUAUGAGAACAAUGUGCACUACACUCAGUCAUUCUACUGCCCUGGGGCAUCCAAGUACAUCGUGGAGUUUGACCCCAGAUGUGAGACGGAAAGGAGGUAUGACUAUCUUGUGUUUACGGACACAAAGGGCCAACAGAUGCGGUUUGACCAGAAGGUGGGGAGCCCAAAGUGGCCCCGCAUCAUCAACUUUCAGGGGCCACAUAUCCACUUCCUCUUUCACUCUGACAGCAGCAACACAGAAUGGGGGUACAAGUUCAAGGUGACGGCCCGAGGGAGCCAGGAUCUUCCUCUGUCCUGGCCCUACGACCUCCAGCUGGGGCUCAUCAAGCUCAUGGGCAAGCUUUGUGGGGCCACUCUCAAUGCAAAUCCAACGGUAACUGGGAGCCAGCUACUGGAGCUGGAGGAGGUCGCGGAGCAAGACAUUCUCCGUAGCGAGCUCUGGGCCACACUGUUCCGUGGAGGUUAUAUGAUUGGCAAGCUGCAGAGGUCUCUCUCUGGAAGAUAUGUUCCUGCCAUUUUCAGACUGGCCUCUGAGGACAGUACAGAGGUGCUGGAGUUUCUCCUCACAGCGGUCAAUGGGGACGAGAAAACACAGAACCUCAUCAAAAGGUGUGCGGAAAGCUGUAAGGUGCUGCCAAUUGGUGGGGAGAAUGUAAGAACAGCUGUUAUUGCCGUGUUUGCGGCUCUUGUCUGGCACACACAGCAGCUCAGAGAUGACCUUGAAAAAUAUGUGUUUGGUGGGAUGGAGGGGACAGUGUCUGACGGCCUGUGUCAGGCGUACCAGGUAGCCGAAACUCAGCGGGCACUACUGGUCCAGCAGAAACAGAAACUGAUGGCAGAGACAGACUCUGGGGAGGUCAGCCAGGAGAAUGAUCCAGCUGUCAUAUGCAAACAGAAGGCUCUGUUUCUACUCAAGUUUGCCGGACUCACUAAAACACAGCUGAAACACGAGUUAUCCAAGUCCCGCCUGUCCAAGCAGAUGAAGAAACUAGCCAGGAUGUCAUCUCGCCAGGCAAACAAGCCAACAAAGUAUGACAUGUCAGACAAGUACCCAUCAUUUCGCCUUGUGCUGGAGUUCCUACAGGACCAUGCAUGGAGCACUGACAAGGUACAGAGCAUGCUGCAGGAGCGAUCCUCCUACGCCCAGGCUGUAUCAGACGUCUACCAGCUCGCCACUGAGCUCAUCAAGAUGCUUUCAAAAAACAACCCAUUCCAGAUCCUGAUAGUGUUGUUCCUACAAGAGAUGUUGAGCCAGCAGGAGGGGUUUGCUCGUCACUAUGCGGAGGGUCUGGACGGGUGUGGGCUCGAGCUGGAGGCCCGGGUGCGCCUACAGUUCUACAGCCUCAUACGGAAACUCACUGAGGCCUUCCACACUGUGAAGAGGCAUGAACUGGACAGCAAGCUGCACUCUGCCUAUGACUAUGUGCAGGCAGCAUUGCUCCACUUGCUGGACAUACAGUGGCAGCCGUACGACCUCACCUUCAUUUCCGAGGUGCGCCUUCCAGAGCUGUUCUCUGCAGUUGCCAAGGAGACAGUGAAAAUGCGGGACUGGCGUCUGGAGGCCUUGGAUGAGGCGACAGAGCUGAAAGACUAUAACACGCACAUAAAGUGGUUUGAGGAGUGCAGCGAGGGGUCCUUCAUCACUUGGUACAAGAACAAAGAGGACCUACCGGACGACCAAAAAAAGGAUGUUCAGAUGUUCAUAGCUCGGUUCUGUGACCUGCUUGAGGUAGAGGUGAACUGUGACGGCUGUAACGUCACGCUGCCAGGCCGCCGCUAUAGGUGUCUGCAGUGUGUAGACAUGGACCUUUGUGCCACAUGCUAUGCUGGGGGAGUUGAACCUGAGAAGCACUCGGAUGACCAUGACAUCAUUCAUCUGGUGUUCAAGUGUAACAAGUGCCAGGCGUUCAUCGUUGGAACCCGCAUCCAUUGUAACGAGUGUGAGGACUUUGACCUGUGUCUUGGCUGUCAUCAGAAGGGGAACCUUCCCACAGGCCAUAAUCCCCAACAUUCAAUCACCAAGUUCCACCAGCGCAAGUUGAAAACGUCUCAAGACACUGACUCGCUGAUACAGGCAUACAUCCACCAGCAUGUGUGGAUGUUGUUCACACUACUGUCCAUCUCGAUGGGUGACCUGCUGUCAGAGACAAGUCCAGCGGCAGACACGGACUACACUGGGCUGGCCACCCAUUUGCAGAACCAGUGUAUCGCCAUCACCACCCACUGCCUACAACAGGUCCCAGAGGAGGAAGAAGAGCACCUAAAGGAACAAGAAGUCGCCAAACUUGCUGAAAAAACUGAUGCCUCCCCUGAGGUCAAAGAAGGUGGACGUGUGAUUGAGGAAAGGUCGAUUAUCAAGCGGCAGGAGGAGGCAUUCUCCAUCCACUCACAGGAGAGGAUCAUGGGAUUGUUGGGCGCCAUGAUACCCCAUGACACUAACGCUGCACCAGGAGGAAGCAGCUUCAACUUUAUGACUCCUGACUUCCUGAAACUGCUCUUCAAAAUAUCCAAGGGCGAGAGUGGUCAUGAGGUGAAUACACGACACCUGGCUCUCGGCCUGCUGGGUUUGCUUCUCACCAAGUGCCCCGUUAAGGUGGCCGAUGAAUCUGUGUCAGAUGACAUGUCAACAGGUGGAGAUCCAGGCAGUUGGACCAUCAAAUAUCUCUUCUCAUUUGGAGCCAUCUGCCUGGAAAAGUCUGGCCUUGAGUGGUCGUGUUCAGUGGCACGUAUCCUUCAGCGACUGUACACAUCCCCUGAUUGGCGCCCUGUUCUGCACACCCACCUGACAGGAUGUGUACAGGACAUUGCCAUACGACCAGAACUUUCCUCCAUCUUUGCCAUGUUUGUCAUGGCCGGUUUCCCUGAGGUAUUGACCACAGGUACACUGGUAAAUUACAACCAGACUGGAAUGGACGUGAAGACAGGAGUUGUGCUAAAACAUUUCCCAGACAAGCACUCCACUCUCCUUGUAGAUGUCAAGUCACGCAAGAGACACACAGUAUUAGACAAGUACGUUGACUGUGUAUGUGCAGUGACAGAGGUGGUGGAUCCUACCAACAUUGCUGUUUUUGUUGACAUUGUCAAGAACAUUGUGGACAAGAAAACUCAAGAUGCUGGUGAAAAUGUAGAGAGCCUGUGGGUGCUGUCCCUUGCCCUAAAGCUUCUGCAUAACAGCAUGCAGGGGGCAGACAACUGCGCCAUUGAGGAGCUAUACGCUCCCGAGUUUAUCCAGUGUCUUGUUUCCCUCGCCAGUAAGGGAACCGGCUUCAGUCAGCAGUGGCUCCUGAAGGACAUUGAGAUUUUGUCACUGAUGUUGUACACUCAUGAGGGCUGCUCCACCUCAGUGAAGAAAACAUCCGCCUGCCCCGAGCUUGCAAAUAAACUAAAGGAGCUACUUCAAUCAAAGGAAGAAGACAAGAAGAAAGAUGAAAACAUCUGUUCUGGUGGUGAUGAUGAUGAUGAUGAUGAUGAUGAUGACAAUGAUGAUGACAGUGACAUUGCAUCAUCGUCAUCCAGCAUGUCGUCAUGUGAGACAGAGGUUAACAUGGUGGAUGAAUUGGACAUGUUUCACGAGCUUGAUGAGAAAACCCAGCUCUUGUUUCGGGUGUUACGCAGUGACCUUAACCUGCCUAUAUCUGUCCUGAAGGUCAUCUAUGACAUGAACGACCGUAACCCUGACAGUGUCGUCAAGGCCAUUCUCGAGAACUUUGAAGGGAUUGAUGCAACACCAAAAGAAAUUAUCAAGAAACUGUCUGACAAAUGGGAUGCGAUGGCUGCAAACCCAGAAGCCCAAGUGGCAGCCCUGUCUGACAAGGUCAUUGACACCGGCAUACACUUCCACCCGUCACUGACAAAUGCUGACAGGCACAUAGAGAAGGCCACAGAGGAGACGGCGGUGGACACCCAGCGACUGAUUCAUUGUCCUGACAACGAUGUGCAGGACGAGGUGAUGAAACAGCGACGCACCAAGUCAGCCGACCUACUCAAGAAAGAGCUUGAGAAACAUGGACGUACCGGGAGCAGGGAGUACCUUGUAAAGGUGAACCAGGCUAUGUCUAUCCUGUAUGCGCGGCAGGUGUUGACCAGCCUGCUGGCCCAGUGGCCCGUGUAUGGUCAUGUGAUCAGCUCUGAGUUGCUCGGAUGUAAGGAUGUCACCCAGAUACCCUGUGUCCUUGAUCUCCUCAACAAGACAGGCAGCAAGGACAACUUCCAAAAGGUGGUGAAGAACCUGGUAGAGCACUGUGACCCAGCAAGCCUUGUGCCUAUUGCUUGCACAGCUUGUCAGUUUAUGGAGGAGGUGACGAUGUCAGUAGUGACACGCGAGUCAGCUCACAACUACAAGAACGAGGACCUCCCUAUAGAGAAGAUACAGCUCCCAGGGGCCUCCUUCCUUACAGUCACCUUUGACCCAAAGUGUGCCACAUGUUCACGUAUGGAGGAAGAUGAGCUCGUGUUUGGUACAAGCGCCGACCUUCAACAGAACGAACACCGCUUCAGCGGCACAGCUCGCGGGUCAUGGAGCUCCUUCCAGGUGCCAGGAGAUACAAUCUACUGCAAAUUCAUCUGUGAUAAUGAAACCACAGAGACACUGUGGGGGUACAAGUUCACGAUAACGGCCGGUACCCGCGACAGCUUUGAGACCGGCUACAUCAUUCUCAACAGCGUACUUUCUUCAAAUCUUGCCAGCUGUCUGCCGCUAAGUGAGCUGUGGGGAAGCCUGGUGUACGUGUGCAGCAAGCAGACGGGCACACAGAGACUCAAGAUCAUACAACUGCUUCUCAAGAUCCUUCAGACUCAGCAUAGGGUUGGGGGCCAGGAGUCGCUGGGUAUUGACCUGAGUGUGCUGCGCCCUCUGUGGCAGCUUUACACAUCAGUAGCACGCCAGGAUGGGGACUCCACCUCCAUCCUGCCCCCCGUUCCCCGUGCUCUCACAGAGCUCUUCCUACAAGUGGAAAACCUUGCCAUCGAGUGGAACAUUGUGGACGAUUUCCUGGUGAUGAUGCAAGACAUGGGCGAGAUAAGGAAUGUCAUUGAACAGGGUAUCAAGCAGAUAGCUGCUGUGAGUGUGAUGAUUGGCUACAAGAACCUUGCCACCAAAUGCCUCAAACGCAAGUCACAGGAACAGACCACACAGGCAAAGGCAAAGUGAUUAUAGGAACUGUAGUGUGUGGAGAAUGGAGAAACUGUAGUGGGUGGAGAAUGGAGAAACUCUAGUGUGUGAAAAAUAACAAACUAAAACGUUUGUAGAGAACAAUUUUUCAGUGGGCCUUUAGUUUUUGGACACUGAAUACAAAAAUGUGUGAACAUGUACUUUGUCAAGAUGGACAAGAGCCUCAUUUGUUUGAAAAUCAAAUUGUAUAACCUUCAUGUGUAUGUGGGAUAGAUGUUUAUGUGUACAGAGAGAUGUAACUGUGUGUGUGGGAUAGAUGUACGUGUGUACAGAGAGAUGUAACUGUGUAUGUGGGAAAUAUGUAUAUGUGUACAGAGUUAUUUAACUGUGUAUGUGGGAUAGAUGUACGUGUGUACAGAGAGAUGGAACUGUACAGUCAGCUUUUCCUUUCUUAGCACUAUUUACAUGAAAGAAAAUAUUCGAAAUUAGUGUUUCAAAAUCUCAUUAUGUCACCUACCUUACACAUGUAACUGUUUAUAUAAUGUAUAAACUUUAAAUAUUUUAUGUUGUGGCGUAUUAUUGUGAUUACAAAUGCCUACAGUGUGCGAUAGAGCGGCUUAGUUGACGGCGUUGUGAUGAAGCAUUUCUGUUAAAUACUAUAAAAUUGCUAUUAUUAGUAAAUUGAUGAGAUUAAUCAUUGAAUUAUCCCCUUGGUAAAUUAAUCAUUUAUUCUCAUGUAAAAAUAAGGACAACCCCCACGUCCAGUUAUUGAUGUUAUUGUACUGUUAUGUUGUAUUGUUAUGUUGUAUUGUUAUUUGCCAUGUUGUGGAUUUUGUAAACCUUAUGGUUAAUCUUGUUAAGAUUGUAUGAAGAUUUGUUUAUAUUUUAUAUGAAAAUGUUUGGAGGAUUUUUGAUUCUGGUAGUUUCCAAGUGCUACAGUCUGUUGUUGACCAAAAAGAAAUGUUUUUUAAUGUGUUUGAAUCCUGAAGUUGUGUGUUAAACAAAUAUAUACAUGAUUUUCUGAAUUUACAUGUAUGUUCUUGUAUGUACCCUUACUUUAAACUACAAGGUAUGUAGGCGUUGUGACUGAUACAUGUAUAAGAAAGGCUAGAACUCAUUAAGUCUACAUUCAGAACAGAGAUAGUGUUGUUUUACAUAAGUAUUGUUACUUUUUUGUACAUCUAUGGCGCCAUAACAGUUCAAAGAAAACUUUUCUCAGAAAUCAUAGUUGUAACUAAGCUAUGCACAGUACUGUAUCCUGCUUAAAAUCAAUGUGAGACUCAUAUCUGUAUUAUAGUCAACACAAGUGACAUUGUGAUCAUUGGAACUUGUAUAUAUCAAGUCACACAUUGACUUGAUGAAAUUGUGUGAACUUUUGUUUAAAAAGUACAGAAUAUACUUAGCAAAUAGAUAGUAUUAAAAACUUACAUGUAACCAUAUCAUGCAUAAUUGUAUUGCUUAUUUAAAAUCAAACCUAACACUGUUCGAUGUUAUGUCAGUGUAUCCUCUUAUUAAUCCCCCGCCUCUGAGUGGGGAGGGGAUUAUAGGAAUGCUCUUCGUCCGUCAGUCAGUCCGUCUGUCCGUCCGUCUGCCUGUCUGUCUGUUCGUAACAUUUCGUGUCCGAGCUAUAACUUACUUAUGCAUUGAUGGAUUACCAUAUUACUUGGUACAAAUGUUGUCUUCAUUGAGACGAUGUGCAGUGACCUUGACCCAGGUCCAUACCUAAAAGGUCAAGGUCACACAAGACAUUUAAAGGUCCGAGUAUGUGAGUACACAUACAAAUGUACUCGUGUCCGAGCUAUUACUUACUUAUGCAUUGAUGGAUUACCAUAUUACUUGGUACAAAUGUUGUCCUCAUUGAGACGAUGUGCAGUGACCUUGACCCAGGUCCAUACCUAAAAGGUCAAGGUCACACAAGACAUUUAAAGGUCCGAGUACACAUACUGGUGUCCGCGCUAUAACUUACUUAUGCAUUGAUGGAUUACCAUAUUACUUGGUACAAAUGUUGUCUUCAUUGAGAAGAUGUGCAGUCACCUUGAUAAGGCUUGCUAUUACAUCGAUGUUAUAAAUCAAAGACUCAUUUUCCUUCUUUUUUUAGCCAAAAUAACCUUGACAUUGAUCUUACCUACACUAUACACAAUAUGAAUAACUUUAACAAAUAUCCUUUUGUAAUAUGUUUAUAUAUCCAAGAAUAUUUAGGUUACCAAUCAUAUUCCCACUCUUGACCAGUGGUUGUGUACAAUUUUGGUCAGAUUCAACGUACCAGUCAGUUUGCGAGAAAAACAAAAUAUACUAAAAAACAAUGGCGGGGGAUAUAGCCGUCCUUUGGACUGCCUUGUUAUGUACAUGUACUCUUGAUAGGAUCAUGUACCACGUAUAUGUUUUUGAGUGUUAUUUGUUAUUUAAAGCUUUGAAAUAAUAAAGCCUGUGAUAUAUGUGCGUGACAUA